UACGGCCAGCCUGAGGCGCGGGCCUUACCUGGGGGCGCGUCAGGCCGCCCGGGGUCCUUUUAGCGACCAACCCUCGCGCCCGGACGCCGUCCCCUGAGGCGACUAGCCCCGGUGCCCACCUCGGGUCCUGCCGAGCGCCCGCGGCGGCGGCCCGGGGAGGAUCGCGGGCUCACCUCGUAGCCGCGAAGCGCGAGUGACCUGCAGGCCCGAGGCGGGAGGCGGGGUAGUUCUGCCCAAGGGUUCGCGGUCGCUCGGGGUCUUGCACCCCGCGCUCGCCGUCGGGCCAACUUAAGGAAAUGAUACGGUUGUCCACAGUGGGUUGCGCUUCAGAUUUCAUUUCCGGGUGUGAUGGCCCGGCGAUUUAAGAGCGAACCGAAACGUUGCCAUUAAUAAUGAAUAAGUGGGAAAGCUGUACUUGUGCUGUUGUUAGUGUCCCUGCUGCCCUCUUUUAAAUUUGCAGCUUCUGAUCUUCUGUGGAAUAGCAACCCAGGAAUUGUGGGAGGUGCUUCAGUGAAGAAAUGGACGAGUGUGUAUAAUCAUGGAAUCUCCUUGCUAACCAUCACCACCUGCUCUCCUUGAUAAGUGAGAGAGAGUGGGUCAGGGGAGAAGGAAAAGAGGUCAACAUGAAGCUAAAGCAGCGAGUCGUGCUGUUAGCAAUUCUCCUUGUCAUCUUUAUCUUCACCAAAGUUUUCCUGAUUGACAACUUAGAUACAUCAGCUGCCAACCGGGAGGACCAGAGGGCCUUUCACCGAAUGAUGGCUGGCUUGCGAGUGGAGCUGGUGCCCAAGCUGGACCAUACCUUGCAGUCUCCCUGGGAGAUUGCAGCCCAGUGGGUGGUUCCCCGGGAAGUGUACCCUGAAGAGACACCAGAGCUGGGGGCAAUCAUGCAUGCCAUGGCCACCAAGAAAAUCAUUAAAGCCGAUGUGGGUUAUAAAGGGACACAACUGAAAGCCUUACUGAUACUUGAAGGAGGACAGAAAGUUGUCUUCAAACCUAAGCGGUAUAACCGAGACUAUGUGGUAGAAGGGGAGCCAUAUGCUGGUUAUGAUAGACACAAUGCAGAGGUAGCAGCCUUUCAUUUGGACAGGAUUCUGGGUUUCCGCCGAGCCCCCUUGGUGGUUGGCAGAUUUGUUAAUCUACGGACAGAGAUCAAGCCUGUUGCCACGGAGCAGCUCUUGAGCACCUUCCUAACCGUAGGAAAUAAUACUUGUUUCUAUGGGAAGUGUUAUUACUGCCGAGAAACAGAGCCAGCUUGUGCUGAUGGAGACACAAUGGAAGGAUCUGUCACUCUUUGGCUUCCAGAUGUGUGGCCUCUGCAGAAACAUCGACACCCAUGGGGCAGGACUUACCGAGAGGGCAAAUUGGCCAGGUGGGAGUAUGAUGAGAGCUACUGUGAUGCUGUGAAGAAAACGUCCCCUUAUGACUCCGGCCCGCGCCUCUUGGAUAUCAUUGACACAGCUGUCUUUGAUUACCUGAUUGGCAAUGCUGACCGCCAUCACUAUGAAAGUUUCCAAGACGAUGAAGGCGCUAGUAUGCUCAUCCUUCUUGAUAAUGCCAAAAGCUUUGGGAACCCCUCGCUGGAUGAGAGAAGCAUUCUUGCCCCUCUCUAUCAGUGUUGCAUCAUUCGAGUUUCUACUUGGAACAGACUGAACUACCUAAAGAAUGGUGUGCUGAAGUCUGCCUUAAAAUCUGCCAUGGCCCAUGACCCCAUCUCCCCAGUGCUCUCCGAUCCUCACUUGGACGCUGUGGACCAGCGGCUCCUGAGUGUCCUAGCCACCGUGAAGCAGUGCACUGACCAGUUUGGGAUGGACACUGUGCUGGUGGAAGACAGGAUGCCUCUCUCCCACUUGUAAUUCUCAACAAAAUAAUUGAAACUUCUUUUUACAAAGAUAGAGAAACAGCACAAUCAACUCCAAAUAGUAUGAGAUGGAUUGGAAAUGGCCGGCAGCAAGUUCUGGUGAUAGGGGACAGGGUGGCAUUGGAUUUCUUUGGUGUUUUCUGUAGUAGAAACUGAAGCAAAGACUACAAGUUUCAGACCACGGGAAUGUUCCUGCUGAAUCACCCUCUGACUUCCCUCGGCAUUCACCCAUUCUAGCAGUGGGUGUCGUAGUUGGUCAGUCUUAAUUCUCAUGCCAAAGGACAAAUAGAGGUGUGACAUUUGGAUAGGUUAAUGCUGGGAUUGGUUCUGGAGUGUGUAUUUUGAGUUUAUCCUUAUAGUCCUUUCUCCACACCAGUGGAUUUUCUGAAAACACUUUGCAAUCUCUUGAGUCCUUUUUUACCAGGACUAGUCAAAUUGGGAAUUGUACUGCCUCCCGAGGAGUGGCAGCAAGUAAAACCUGGCAUUCUUUUGAGCCAAAAUAGCAUGCUCUGUUGGUGGGGUUUUGUUUUUAAGAUAGAACUGGAAAGAAGGACAAAAGCAGGAAAGAUGUUUGGGCUUUUAAGCAGUUAGGUGGUAAUGCUUUUGAUGAUUCUUAGAGGAGAGAAGAAGAGAGAGAGACCCACUGCAUAGAACUGGAAUCAGGGAAAUGAUUGAAUUAGUGAAAAACAGGUUCCCCUGUAUUUAAGUUCUUAAGAUGUGUAAAAGCAAAUAUGACUUUUACCUAAGUAAAAUCUUCUUUCUCACAGUUGUGUCCAAAUUAACUAAAAAAGUAUCUCUAGAGAACAUAUUGUUAUGACCCAAUUCUCUUAUGGAGACUUUUUUUUCUUUUGCCCAAAGUAGGCAAAUCCUUUCCAAAUUAACAAAGCAAACUGAAAUAAUACCUUGAAUAAGAGUCAGGUUGCCUGUGAUCACUGCCAUCCUGAUUUCUCUUCUGAAAUGAAUUUCCACCUCUGCCUUUAAGGCAUUUGGUCACUGAAGCUGCUGUUCCCAAGAGAUUGGCAAUCGUGUCUGUGCCUUUCUUGUGAGAAAAGCCAGCUCGCUCCUGCAGAUGAUGGUGCACAUCCUGCUGGUGGCUGGACCCCUCUCUCUCUUUUUUUUCUUGUGAGGAAGAUCAGUCCUGAGCUAACAUCGAUGCCAGUCCUCCUCUUUUUGCUGAGGAAGACCGGCCCUGAGCUAACAUCUAUUGCCAGUCCUCCUCCUUUUUUUCCCCAAAGCCCCAGUAGAUAGUUGUAUGUCAUAGUUGCACAUCCUUCUAGUUGCUGUAUGUGGGACGCUGCCUCAGCAUGGCCAGACAAGUGGUGUGUUGGUGCGCGCCCAGGAUCUGAACCCGGGCCGCCAGUAGCAGAGCACGCGCACUUAACCGCUAAGCCAUGGGGCCGGCCCCUGGACCUCUCUUGUGAUUUGGGCCAUGCGGAUGACUGGAAGCAAAGAUGUUAAGCUUUCUGAGCCUUAAAAUUAAGGAGGUUACCAGGAAGAGCCUUAAAAUUUUGAUUUAUGUCAAACCCUAAUUUCAUCAUUUAAUCUUGUUUGGAGUUCUGAACCCAUGACAUAGUAUUGUUCUUCGUCUCCUAUUAGCACUCUCAAAUUUCAGGUUGCUAAAACACAGGUUUAGUUCUGUGUUCUGGCAAGGCAAUUUUGACAUGUAAGCUGUUGCAGUAAAACAUAGGGCCAGAGGACAGCCUGGUGUGCUCACUCCCUGUGUACUCAGAGCUGUGUCCUUCUCUCGUGCAUCUUGUCUGGGUGCCAUUCUGGUUUUGUACUUAUGUCAAGCAGAGACUAAUAUUUAAACAGUGUGGUUGAACAAAUUUAAUGCCAGACAUUGGAGACCAGUUUUAGGCAACCUCUUUUUCAAAAGCAGUUUAGAUUUUAUGCCCCAAUUUUCUCACAUUGAAAGAUAACUGAGUAACCUGUAACUACUUUAAAAUAGCAUAAAAUUAGGAUACUUUUGUACUUUGUAAAUACAUUUUGAGAUGCACACAAGAGUGGACUGAGUUAUAAAAAAAGGUGUUGAAUUUAAGAAGACAGAUAUUAGCACAAAAGCUUAAAAUAGUGUUAACAGAAGGAGGCAUUGAUUCCCGUUUUAAGGCCAUUUACUAUGUGCAUCCAGGGAAAUUCACAGUUGAGCUUCAGAAUAUCUUGGAUAGUACUUUACCCCAAAGCGUCAGAGGGCCAGCUGGAGGGAGAUAGUGGGAAGGAUGUCAGCGCUGCUCUCUUUGGUAAAUGUUAGUUGAACUGAGUUAUGGAUUAGUGUUCUUUCAAACACAUGAUACUUUUAGUAUGCCACAGUGAAAUGAAUAAAAACUGUUCUCAAACUGGGAACUUUAUUCCUAAUGUUGUUGAAGGCAGAAGAUUCUGCUAAGGAAAACAGCAGGAGAGAAAGCUUUGAAAAUCUGUCAUCCUUUUUUCAAAAAUUGCAGAAAAUAAUUUCAUUCUCUUUCCCUACUCUUUUAAAAUUUAUGAUCUUUUUAAAAACGUGUUCAGAUCUGUAGUGGUUAAAGUUAGAAUUAUGUUAACAGAGUAGUGUGACAUGAUACUUAAAAUAUAAAUUCAUGUUCUAAGUCAGGAGUCAGUUAAGCUGGAAAAGUUUGUUUAGGAGAAUCUGGGAGAAAACCAAACAUAAGCUUAUAGCCCUAAAAUUCACAAACACUAAAUUCUGUUUGAAGAAAGAGGUAGAUAUCUUUUUUAAAAGUUUUGUAACAAUGUCCUCUUUAUGAUUUAUUUAUUAGAAUCUAGGGGGCCGGCCAGGUGGCACAGCGGUUAAGUGCGUGUGCUCUGCUUCGACGGCCUGGGGUUCACAGGUUUGGAUCCCGGGCGCACAUAGAUGCACCGCUUGUCAGGUCAUGCUGUGGCGGUGUCCCAUAAAGUAGAGGGAGAUGGGCACGCAUGUUAGCCCAGGGCCAAUCUUCCUCAGCAAAUAAGAGGAGGAUUGGCAUCAGAUGUUAGCUCAGGGCUGGUCUUCCUCACCAAAAAAAAAAAAAAAAAAAAGAAUCUAGCACUAUUAUAAUCAAACAAGUCAUUGGAAGGGUUUUUGGUGAGCCGUAAGUUGGGUGCGCCUAGCUAACGUAUAGGUAGAUGUGGAUACAUUUUAAUAUUAUGAAACCAAGAAACUCAGAGCUGACUGCCGUUUCCUGCCCGCCUUCUUCCACUUCUUAUAUUUGUUCAUUGCAGAGUUCGAGCGGGGAAAUAUGGGUAUAGAGGUUUCAUUCUAAAAUUGUUCAUUAAUUUAAUAUGAGGCUAUAUUGUGGGUUUGGGCAUAAAUAAUUUUCUAUGCAGAACAAAUUAAUAGGAUCUGAUUUGCUCAGAGUAUUGUUCAGUAAUUUAUUAAUAAGGCAUUUAUCCCUGUUUGCACUCAGGAUUAAUACGUCAAAUUAAGAAGGAAAUGGAAGAAUUCAGGUACAUCCAUUGCAUAUUGUUUUGGGAAAGGUGAAUCCUAUACGUGGCAGUUUUUCAAUGUCACCUGAAGGCAACAUGUUCUUCCAAAGAGAUCCAUCUUUUCUUUUCUGUAAAAAGAGAAAAAAAAAAAAGGCUUUUGGCUUUCCCUUUCCAUCUGUCAUAUUCCUUCAACCUCCCUUCUCGAUGGUCCCUAUAUUUUUGUUUGACCAGUGAAUGACCACACCUCAAUGAUGGUAAAACAGCAUCUGUCAGUGAGCUGUCUUGUAUGAGUCAUCUUGUGAGCUUGAGCUUCAGGAAGCAUGAGUAAAGGUAUAUGUAUGUAUAUAGUCAUAUAUGUAUUCUGACAAGAAAAAAAGUAUUUAUUUUGACACAGGGAAACACUGAUUUAUGUUGCUGAAGAACUUGAAGCUAGUAAAAGGUUCCCUUCUCAGUGUCUGAGAGUGGACCCUCAGUGACAUAAGACCAUGCAUUCAGCAGACACCUGCUGAGCAGCUCUGGUGUGCCCGCCCUGGCUGGGCACACAAGGGAGCCAGGUGGGCCUGACUUGGUGAGACCUAUUGUACAGGGGAAGGCCCGAUUCUCUCCCUUAGAUUCUUCAAGUGUAGGUUGAAAGGGUAGGGGCUGGGUACUGUACUGCCACAGAUUUUUAAGGAACUAAGGUGUUACUCACAAAUACAAAUGUUGGGGGGGAGCUGGGAAUAACUUACUGGGAAGCUAAUUUAUUUGCUUAAAAGGGAAGUGUAGGAACCACUAUCCUCUGUUUUGAUCUGCCAAGGAUUUCCUCUCAGAGCUGUUGCACAAAUAGAGGUUGUGCUUGGUAAAACCAAACAAGACAAGAUACGCACCUAAAUUUCUAAUGUGUUCUAUGGGUUUCAAUUCUGAAAAAAAAAAAGAAAAUGAAUAAAGAUUUUAAUAAGUAUUGAUGUA